CCUUAUCAGUAACCCCCUCUUAGGGAGGGGUGAGGCGUUCGUUAAGUGGUAUGGAUAACAUGUAUCUUCUAAAUCGUCAUGGAAUUGUGUAUUUCUACAGUAGGUACCUACCUAGUAGUUGACCAAGGGGUCUGCGAGGCAGGAUAAAUUGCGAAUUAUUUGCAUCAUGACUUACGACCUUGUUAUAACUAAUGGCAUAUGUGUCACUGCGUCUGAUAUCGCAGCAUUAGAUAUCGCUGUCGAGAAUGGAAAAAUAGCACUUCUCGCUCCAUCGGGCUCGUUAGCGAAUGCAUCUACUAUUCGGAUGAUCAAUGCCGAGGGAGGAUAUAUUAUGCCGGGAGGAAUUGACUGCCAUGUACAUCUUCAAGAGCCGGCCAUGUUUGGGGGGAAAGGAAGGUCUGCGGACAAUUAUGAAUCUGGUACCCGUUCGGCCGUCGCCGGUGGAAAUACAACCAUCAUCACUUUCGCGCCGUUGCAGAAGCACGAGACGUCUCCACUAGCAGCAGUUCAAGCGACGCAUGCUCUUGCUCAAGAUAACUGUUACUGCGAUUACAGCUUCCAUCUCCUCAUGGGCAACGCAAGCGCGACAGCACUCCAGGAGCUUCCCCGAUUAAAGUGCGAAGAAGGUAUCAGCUCGGUUAAAAUAUACAUGACAUAUAAGGCGCUUCAAUUACGCGAUAAUGAGAUCCUGUCGAUCCUUCUAACUGCACGGACUCAUGAAAUACUCACCAUGAUCCACGCUGAGAAUGGGGACGUGCUCGAUUGGUUAACAGACCAGCUUGAGCUCGCCCAGAAGAUAAGUCCGAAGUACCACUCCAACUCGCGGCCACCAAUCCUGGAAGCCGAGGCCACGAACCGGGCUAUCGCGCUUUCGUCGCUCGUCGCGAAUACCCCUAUCUUAUUAGUCCACGUCAGCGACCCCCAAGCCGCUCUACGCAUCCGCGAAGCGCAAACACACGGACAGCCGAUCUUCGCCGAGACAUGUCCGCAGUACCUCUUCCUCACGCGCAACGACCUCGAUAGACCCGGGUUCGAGGGCGCGAAGUAUAUAUGCUCGCCACCGCCACGCAGGAAGGAGGAUCAGGCGGAUAUCUGGCGGGGCUUGCGGAACGGUACCUUUUCUAUCCUAAGUUCGGAUCAUUGUCCGUUUAGUUUCGAUGAUGUGGAGAAGGGGAAGAAGUCUUGUGUUACGCAUGAACAUCCAGAGGGACACUUUAGACAUGUGCCGAAUGGAUUGCCUGGCGUGGAGACCCGACUCCCGCUUGUUGCGUCUGCGGGUAAAUUGAGGCUCACGGAGUUUGUUGCUGUGGCUUCGACGAACCCGGCGAAGUUAUAUGGGUUGUAUCCGCGGAAGGGGGCGCUAUUGCCGGGGAUCUCGGAUGCGGAUUUGACGAUUUGGUAUCCAGAGGGAAAGUUCGAUAAGAAUUUUACGUUGAAGAAUGAUAUGCUGCACCAUGACGCGGAUUAUACGCCGUACGAAGGUCACAGGCUCGGGAAUUGGCCUAGGUAUACGGUGAUUAGAGGCAAAGUGGUUUGGGAUCGGGAUAAUGGCGGUGUUGUGGGAGAGAAGGGGUACGGUCGGUUUAUUAAGAGAGGGUCGGCUGUUGGGGUUUGGGAUCAGGUUGAUCAGAAUGGGUUUGAUUUGGAGGAGCUGUGAUGGUUCUCGUAUCUUCGAGUUGAAUCAAUACCUAAGAAUUAAGCUAAGAGGGGAAAACAAUACAGUAA